AUGUUAACUAUAGCGCAUAGCAAUAAUAGAUCGUUGCGAGUCAGAGUUAUCACAUUAUAUUCCGCCCAAAGAUGCCACUCAUCCUUGCCAUCACCGUCGACCAAGACUCCCGCCACACAACAUGAGCCUGUGUUCCCAACUUCUAUUCCAAGAAAGCAGAAAAUCGAACUCAAACCUGGUCCGAGGCCUACUGCGGUCGCAGGUGCUCAGUCAGCGAGCGCACAGCAUGACAAACCGACGGCGCCGACACCUCAACCAACAGCUGCCCAACCAAGGGCCGAAGCCAGCAAGGCAAACGAGCCUUCAGAGUCGGAGAAGCCCCCUUCGAAAAUUAAGAUUGCUAUAGCCGACGUGGUUAAGGCUGCUGAGCAGGGUGCAUUGGCUCCCCCGCCCCCAGAUGCGAGCAAGAUGGGCAAACUUUGGCACCAAGUCAAAGAAUUAUUUAAAUUUUAUGUGCGGGGGUUGAAGCAACUUCUGGUCCACCGCCAAAUUGUCAAAGAUCUCAAAGCUCGUGGGGGACAAAUGACUUGGGAAGAGACGCACUUUGUCAAGACAUACAAGGAGGACAUGGUCAAGCUAAUCCCAUUUCUAUUGAUUCUCCUAAUCCUUGAGGAAGCUCUCCCACUCGUCGUCCUCUAUGCACCAUUCCUUCUUCCCUCCACCUGCAUACUACCCAACCAGCGAGCACGCAUACUAUGGAAGCGAGACGACGCGCAAUUUAAUGCUCGCUCCGAAGCCCGUUCAAUACUCCUCUCUGUCGAAUCAUUACAAGAUCUUGCCGAAGGGGGUGUGAAGGAAAUGCCAGAGGAUCUCGUGACCGCUAUGGUCAAGGUAUUUGGGCUCUCAACGCGCGGACCAGUGGCUCUACAGCGUCGGCGCCUUGAAAAGCACCUAGAGUACUUGAUGAACGACGACUGCCUGCUGGCGCUAGAGGAGACAAUGGGUUCUCACUUAGAUCUCAGGAAUUUGAAAGUCGUAAUGUCCGAACGUGGAUUCCUGGCCUCUGCAGACGAACCUGACCUCCGCAGCACACUCGAUAAGAGAUUACAAGCUCUUGGUGAAGAUAAGGCCGAAUGGAAACCCCGCUCGUUACAAUUCCUGCUUAAAGACCUAUUGGAGUCGAAGAGAGAUGUGAAGCCGACUCCCGUAGAUUGA